UCAUGCUAUUUAUUGAUGGAUGUUUUGUCUUCUUGUCAGAAAAUUUCUUUCUUCGCUUUUGCCUCAAGAUUAUGCCUGAUAUCUGAAACCAAGUGGAUUUGUGUUUUAUUUUUAUUUUGUCAGGUUCUUCUACAAUUAGAUCCGUUUCUCAAUGAACUCACCAGCAUGUUUGAGCACAGUACAACGAAGCGCUCUGUUUGGGUUACUCUGAAACGCUCAUCCCUAAAGUCAAAGGUGCAAAAGAAUAAAAUUACCACUGCUGGUGAAGCAAUUGACUAUAGAUGCCUCAUCCGUGCAACUGAUGGCAAAAAGACCAUUUCUGCUUCGGUGGGGCCUAAGGAUCACCAACGGUUUCAAGCUUCUUAUGCAACCAUUCUGAAGGCCCACAUGACUGCCCUAAAGAAGAGGGGGAGGAAGGACAAGAAGAAGGCUGCAGAGGGAGUUAAGAAACCAGAUGAUCCAAAGAAGAUGAAGACCUCUGUAUAAACUGAAGAUAAAGACCUCUAUAUAAACUGGAUCACCCGGUUUCCCCUUUUUAUUUUUCUCCUAAAUGAAUCUGUCUUUUCUUUUUUCCCCCCUUGAAACCUCACAUGAUCUUCCAACUUUGAGCAAUUAAUGGAAUCAAAGACAUGCUUUUUGGUUGACUAGCUACCUUUUUGGAAAUUUAAUUUCUCUUAACUCAGGGUUGAA